AUGAUGAACCUCGCGCUUACAAUUUUUUGCCUAUUGGCCGUCAAGGUUACUUUGGGCUUCGUGCCUGUUACCCCAGGGCAUUCUAUGGCCACACAAUUGAACAUCAAGGUUGAUGGAAGAGAUGUCGAAAAUGAGGUCACCCCAACAAACAAUUUCAUCCUAGUCAGAAAAGCCGUGGGCCAAGAUCAAACGGAAGGAGGUAUCUUCCUUACAGCAAAAGCGAAGGAAAAGAGUACAGAAGGAGUGGUUGUUUCAACAGGACCAGGAAAGACGCACCACGAAACUGGAGCCGUUUUUGACAUGCCUGUGGAAGCUGGCGAUAACAUCCUUUUUGGGGAAUUUGAUGGAGAAGAUAUGACAAUUGACGGUGUUAAGCACACACUUAUUCAAGACGAUGAUGUCACAAUAAAGUUCAAAGGAGAUUCUCUUACUUUGGACUCAGUGGAAACACUUAGAGAUGGGGUACUUGUCAAGAUCAAGAAGCAGGACGAAUCUUCCGAUACAGGUAUUCUGAUUGCCAGGUCAUCAAAGACGGAAAAGAAAGCUUCUGUAGGAGAAGUUGUAAAGGUCGGACCUGGACGUGUAGCAACAAAUGGUAAACUCAUGGAAAUGGAAGUUGAGGUAGGAGACUUCGUCAAGUUCAGAGAUUUCGCUACCAGAGCAGUUGUGAUCGAGGAUGAAACUUUCUCUGUUGUCCGGAUGCAGGAUCUUCUUCUUAAAUUCUAA